UAUCAUUACACAAUCUCUUCGUUUUGUUGUUGGGGCUGGAGCUCCUGAAGGAGAAGCCCGAUUCUGGGAAGAGAAGGAGAGCAGACCAGGUCAAAGUGGGGAGGGGGAGGAAUUGCACCUGCAAAGGAGGUGCAGCAGGUGAGAGGUGGUGAAGCCCAGGCUGGGCUGCAGAGUUCCUGAGACACCCUCUCCUGCUGACUGACGUGGGUCUUGCACGAUGGAAUGCUUCCUAGUGGUCGAUAAUGCCUUGCACCUAGAAAGCUAGUAGCUCAGGGUUCUAGCCUCCACCUCCUCCCUGAUCUAUUAUUUGCUUUGCAUAAGACCCCAGGCUCAUUCUCCAUCCCGGUUGCCCACUGAAGGAAGAAAUCCCUUUCCUGGGCAUCUACGGAAAUAUUCGGAGACUGUCAGUGUCCUGCGGAGGAAUUGCCACCAGCCUGCAGAUGGAAGACCCGCUAGGCCUCAGACUGGUGGAAGGGUCAGACGGAUCUGGGGAAAAUGCUCAUGUUACCCAGAAAUACCCAAGAAGGACGCCACAUUCGCAGCAAAAGGUGAAACAGGAGCCAAAGGAAGGGAUCCUUCAGUGCUGGGAAGCCCAGUGGCAGCAGUUCCUGAAGGAAGUGGAGUCUCCUCACUCGGCGUGGGGGGUCCCACAGUGGCCAGAGGAGCCCACCCCCUGGGACGACGCCAAGGCCUUCUUCGCCUCCUUUGAGCAAGUGGCCAAAGCCUGCCAGUGGCCCAAAGAGGAGUGGGUGGCUCGACUCCUGCCGGCCCUCAGCGGACAGGCCAAAUGGGCUUUUGGCAGCUUGGAGGCCAGAGACAGAGAGGAUUAUGGGAAAGUGAAGGCGGCCAUCUUGCGCGGGGACGCCAUCAGCAGGGAGAAGCAGCGCCAGUACUUCCGGUGCUUCUGCUACCAGGAGGCUGACGGUCCGAGAGGGGCCUACAGCCACCUCCAGGAGCUCUGCCACCGCUGGCUGAAAGUGGAGAGGCACUCGAAGGAGCAGAUCCUGGAGCUGCUGAUCCUAGAGCAGUUCCUGACCAUCCUGCCAUUGGAGAUCCAGAGCUGGGUCAGGGAUUGCGGCCCAGACAGCUGUUCCCAGGCGGUGGCCCUGGCCCGAGGAUUUCUACGGAGGCAGAAGGAAACAGAGAGAUGGGAACAGCAGAAGGUGAGGAGUUCUAAUCCAGGUGGAGGAACCUCAGGUACGGUGGGCCAGAUACAUCCCCCAGCUCCCCUCAGGACACUUCCCAGGCUACACCCCUAACCAGCUCUGCUUCAGACCCUCCUUGAG